AUGAAGUCUGCUCUUGUCUUCCUUGGACUCGUCGGAUGUGCUUUGGCGCAGAGUGUAGCCAUCUUCGCACCCGCCGCCGAUGCCUCUGUCACGGCGGGAAGUGAUUUGCUUGUGGACGUGGAGAAGAAACCUGGGCUUUCUGGCACCACCAGCGUUUCCGUCGUCAUCGGUCUGACCCCGUGUAGGGGGGACUGCUCUGCCAUUACCACCACAGGCGGUAUUGGCCAGGUACUCUUCAAGGGCAACUAUGACCCGCAGAUCGUGGCUGGAAGCGGAUCAAGUGCAGGCUUCCAGAACUUUACGGUGACCAUCCCGUCGGCGACACCCAAGGGCCCUGCGUUGCUCAAUAUUGGACACUACUUCUUGGGCGGGGCUGCACUUGUUCCAGGUGCCGAGAGCGUGAACACUACCAUCAACAUCCAGUGA